GGGAGGACAGGAGGAGCCAUGCAACAGGAAAAGCGGCAGAUAGGCAGAAGCACUGCACAGAAAGAAGCAACGGUGGACUCGUGCGUGCGUGGAUUAGCCUUGAAGCAUGGUCUCCGCACAGAGGUAUAUAUAUAUAUAGAGAGAGAGAGAGAGAGAGAAGACGGAGGGAGAGAAACAGCGAGAGAGGGAGACCAGCCAGAAUAAACAGACUGGAAGAGCGCGUGCAUUCACACGCCCCGUCUGCGUGCGGCCUCGUGCCUAAGCCUAUGCGCUGCAUAGUGAUGCAAAUGCUUGGCGGUCGCGCUGGAGUCUCCGUCCAGGCCCUCCCCAAGUAGAACAGCAAGUAGGGGGGCGUAGAGGAGGGAGAUGAGGAAGAGGAGGAUAAAAGGAGGAAAACGAAGAGGGUCACCAACGUUCUGGUCAUGUCCAGCGGCUGAAGCACUCAGCCCCAUCAGGUGACGACCCUGGCCUGGCAGGCGCAGCACGACGCCGAGGACGUCCAGAUGUUCCUGAUGAUGUUGACGAACCACCACGGGUGGCCCCGACGUCAUGGGCAAUUCGUGCUGAGCUUCCCCGCCGGUCGUGCCUGGCUUUUCCGCUGGCCCCUCCACCGCCAGCUCUGCCUCCAAGGCGCGCGACCGUCGCCGCGCGAGCUCUGCGGCGGGGAGGGGGCGGGGCUGGCCAGCCCAUCGGACUCGGCGUCCUUCAAUGGAAACGGCCCUGGGCCAGACCUGGCGGGCGCAGGCCAGCAAACAUGCCGGGUGCAGCACCGUCUCGAGAACUGGGCAAGGGCAAUUCGCUAGCCGACCUGGCAGGGUCGAGGGGCAACGUCCGUGGGGGGACCCGCUUCUGGGAGGAAACGUCGAGCUGGAAUCGGCGAUUCAUCGCCGAUAGAUUGGCGAUGAG